AUGCCAGUGAUUGACACGGGGAAGUCCGAGCCACGCCUCCCGAGUGGUCUGUGUACGUUCGCAGCAACUCCAGACCCGGACUGUGCCCUGGAUGCGGCCGAGGGUCCUGGGGAUGACCAGGAAGGGACCGGCCCGGUGGUGGAGCAGGCUGUGCGCGGCCUUGUCCUCGUGCCCACCAAGGAGCUGGCGCGGCAGGCCCAGGCCAUGAUCCAGCAGCUGGCUGCCUACUGCGCCCGAGACAUCCGGGUGGCCAAUGUCUCAGCCGCUGAAGACUCGGCCUCUCAGAGAGCUGUGCUGAUGGAGAAGCCUGACAUCGUGGUGGGGACCCCGUCGCGCGUAUUAAGCCACUUGCAGCAAGACAGCUUGAAGCUGCGGGACUCCCUGGAGCUGCUGGUGAUGGACGAAGCCGACCUCCUCUUCUCCUUUGGCUUCGAGGAGGAGCUCAAGAGUCUUCUCUGUCACUUGCCCCGGAUUUAUCAGGCUUUUCUGAUGUCGGCUACCUUUAACGAGGAUGUGCAAACACUCAAGGAGCUGGUCCUGCAUAACCCAGUUACCCUCAAGUUGCAAGAGUCCCAGCUGCCAGGGCCAGAGCAGCUACAGCAGUUCCAGGUGGUCUGUGGCACGGAGGAAGACAAGUUCCUGUUGUUGUACGCCCUGCUCAAGCUGUCGCUGAUUCGGGGCAAGUCCCUGCUCUUCGUCAACACUCUGGAGCGCAGCUACCGGCUGCGCCUGUUCCUGGAGCAGUUCAGCAUCCCCGCCUGCGUGCUCAAUGGGGAGCUGCCCCUGCGCUCCAGGUGCCACAUCAUCUCACAGUUUAACCAAGGCUUCUACGACUGCGUCAUAGCGACUGAUGCCGAAGUCCUGGGUGCCCCGGUCAAAGGCAAGCGCCAGGGCAAAGGGCCCAAGGGGAACAGGGCCUCUGAUCCGGAGGCGGGGGUGGCCCGUGGCAUAGACUUCCACCACGUGUGUGCCGUGCUCAACUUCGACCUCCCCCCCACCCCUGAGGCCUACGUCCAUCGAGCUGGCAGGACGGCACGUGCCAACAACCCAGGCGUAGUCUUGACCUUUGUGUUGCCCACGGAGCAGUCCCAGCUGGGCAGGAUCGAGGAGCUUCUCGGUGGAGAGAACGGGGCCCCUGCCCUGCUUCCCUACCAGUUCCGCAUGGAGGAGAUUGAGGGCUUCCGCUACCGCUGCAGGGACGCCAUGCGCUCGGUGACGAAACAAGCCAUCCGGGAAGCAAGGCUGAAGGAGAUCAAGGAGGAGCUCCUGCACUCGGAGAGGCUGAAGACGUACUUUGAAGACAACCCCAGGGACCUCCAGCUGCUGCGCCAUGACCUGCCCCUGCACCCUGCCGUGGUCAAGCCUCACCUGGGCCACGUCCCUGACUAUCUGGUUCCUCCUGCUCUUCGCGGCCUGGUUCACCCUCACAAGAAGCGGAAGAAGCAGUCCUCCAAGAAGGUCAAGAAGGUGAAGGCCCAGAACCCACUGCGCAGCUUCAAGCACAGAGGAGAGAAGCACAGACCCAGGGCGGUGCCCUCCUGAGGUCGUCCAGGCGGCCUCGGCUAUCUUCCUGGCCUCGUGGGGCUGAGCACAGCGGGAAAGUAGAGUUCCCCCUGGACAGAGGGACUGAUUGCCGCCCUGGACGAAUGCACUAGGCUCUGGAGCAGGCAGACUGUGGCCUCCAGCUCCGUGGCACUGCCAGGCCGCAUUUUGUGCCUUAAAGACGGAAUAAAGGUUCUGGCUGCCUCCG